UCAGGAUGAGAACAGCGCUGUCCAUUGUUUACUUGUUUCCUGCCCUGACAGCGAUUGCUCUGGCAGCACCAGCAGGGACCGAGGAGCCUGUGGUCUCUGUGAAAAAUGGCCGAGUCCGAGGAGCGUUUGUGACAGUGAAGGGCACGGAGGCGAGGGCAAAGCAGUAUCUGGGAAUCCCCUUCGCAAGGCCCCCCGUGGGGCCCCUCCGCCUGGCGGCUCCACAGGACGCAGAGCCGUGGGAGGGGGAAAGAGACGGCACACGCCAGCCUCCCAUGUGUAUCCAGGAUAAAGAUAUAAUUGUGCAGGUUUCUGAUAUCAUGUCCAUUGAAUACACCCCUACAGAGCUUUCAGAGGACUGUCUGUAUCUGAAUGUGUACACUCCAGCUGCGGCCGUGAAGGGAGACAAACUGCCAGUGUUGGUGUGGAUACAUGGAGGAGGUCUGACAGCAGGCGCUGCCUCCUGGUAUGACGGCGCCCCAUUGGCUGUUUAUGAAAACAUAGUCGUGGUUCUCAUUCAGUAUCGUCUCGGCAUCCUGGGAUUCGUGAGCACUGGAGAUGAACACGCUCAGGGUAACUGGGGUUUCCUGGACCAGAUCGCAGCUCUCAAAUGGAUCCAGGAGAAUAUUGAGACCUUUGGCGGUGACCCGCAGUCCAUCACCAUCGCUGGAGAGUCUGCAGGAGGCAUCAGCGCAUCCGUACUGACUCUGUCUCCACUGGCCAAAGGAUUGUUUCAGAGGGCAAUUUUCCAAAGUGGAGUGGCAACACUUGGGACCUACUCAAAAAGCCAAGCAUUGUCUCAAUCCAAGAUUGUGGCCAACCUGACCGACUGUGACUGCAGCACCUCAGAGGAGAUGGUUCAGUGUCUGAGAGGGAGGACAGAGGAGGAGUUAACUGAUGCAACCAGACAGAUGAAGGUUUACCUGGGAGGCGUGGUGGACGGCGUGUUUCUGACAGAUGUGGCCGAGGAGCUUCUCAAGAGGAAGGAGGUGCUCAAGGUUCCCGUAAUGAUGGGGGUGACCAACCACGAGUUUGGAUGGAUCCUGCCAAAGACCUUUGCCCCUCCCGACUGGCAGAACGGUAUGAGCAGAGAGUCAGUGUUGGAUGUGAUGAAUCUAUUCAACCCUGAAGGGGUCUCCUCCGCCAACCCUCUCAUAGCAGAUGAAUACCUGAAAGAUGCCAAAACCCCGGAGGAAAUCAGAGAUGGCUUCACUGAGAUCCUGGGAGACAUGCUGAUGACGCUGCCUGUUGUCAAAGUGGCCGGCUACCACAGAGAUGCCGGUGCUCCAGUUUAUCUGUACGAGUUCAUUCACCGUCCUGAGAUCCACAAGCUGACCAGACCCAGCUUCGUGAAGGCAGAUCACGCAGACGAUGUUGGCUUCAUGUUUGGCGGAUGCUUUUGGAACGAACAUGUAAAAAUCAUAGGCAACAUCACAGAGGAGGAGAAGAAGUUUUGUAAGACCAUGAUGGCAUACUGGGCCAAUUUUGCCCGCACUGGUUCUCCUAACGGUCCCGGGCUGGUCCACUGGCCCCAGUAUGAUGAGCAGAGGCAGGAGUACAUGGAGCUGGGCCUGACGCAGACCGUUCGGCAGACCCUGAAGAAAGAAAGGGUCAAUUUUGCGACCGUCACUCUCCCUCACAAGUUGGCGAGCGUCGCAGCCACAGCUGGAAACUGAUCUCUGCUGCUCAUGACUUUACAUUCUUGAGGGCCCAAGAAGAGUUCAAUGUUGUUUUCAUGCACACACACACACACACACACACACACACACACACACACACACACUUACACACACAUGUUUAUGGUCGUCUGUUAUUUCCAAUAUGUCAUUAUAACACGUUUCCCAUGGUCCUUGAAAAUCCUUGAACAUUUGUGGAUGUGAGAGAUGUGAAAUAAGGCAUGACGUUUUUGAAAAUGAACUGAUGGGUUUGAAAGCAUCUCAUUUUUUCACAUCUCGAGGAGAGCCUGUGGUUUGUGUCAAUACAGCUCAAACUGAAAUGAUUUCACCGCUGUUUCUGGACAAGAUCAUGGGUAAAGUGACCGUUCUCAUUUCACCAAAACAUGGCAGGAUUGAAACCAUGAAAGUCAUUUAAAAAGCCCUUGAAUUUAAUGCACAAGGGAUGUGGGAACCCUGUUAUAAAUUGUAUGCAGAGUUUGAUGAAAUUCAGCAUGGAGCACUAUGGUCGGGCUCGCUGAUGCAUUCUUAUCUUUCAUGUAAGCAAUAACAAGAAAUACUGUUAAUCCACUUUUGUACUGUAUAGUUUGCCCCCUUUCCAAUCAGUGUAUUUCCUUUUACUGCUGGUAGACCGCUCUGAAGCUAGCCGAGA